AUGACAGCAUUAUCACAGGAAGAGAUCUUACAAAGUACACGUACAGUUUUACAGGGUUUGGAAGCACUGAAGGAUGAGCAUGAAUCGAUCAAGGGUACAUUGGUGAGUAGUAUUCAAGGAUUGCAUGCUGAUGAAUCGGCACUUAUUGAGGAAAAGACACAUAUUGUGGACAGAAAUUUGGAAAUGUUACGCUUAGGCAUCGAAGAAGCUCAGGUUAUGAUGGCAUUAGCUGGUCAUCUACAGACAGUAGAAGCCGAGAAACAGAAGUUGAAAGCGCAAGUACGAAGACUUUGUCAAGAGAAUGCAUGGCUUCGAGAUGAAUUAAAUUCAACGCAGCAAAAGCUGCAAGCCACUGGACAGCAAGUAGCACAAUUGGAAGAGGAAAAAAAGCACUUAGAAUAUAUGAAUUCGAUCAAGAAAUAUGAUGACCAACAGGAAAAUGACAAAACCAUGGAUCAGAACGACAAUCGUAAUGACAACACUCUUCAGGAUUUAGGUUUUGGUCCAGAAGAAGACGAGGAAAUAAGUGGACACAUGUCUGGGCAAUUUGCACAUCCCACACCUGCUCAUUCGAUGGCAGCAAGUGCAUCUGCUGGCUAUGAAAUUCCAGCUCGUCUUCGAACUCUGCACAAUUUGGUAAUACAAUAUGCAUCACAAGGACGGUAUGAAGUAGCAGUACCUCUUUGUAAGCAAGCUCUGGAAGAUUUAGAGAAGACUAGUGGGCACGAUCAUCCAGAUGUCGCAACUAUGCUUAAUAUUCUAGCUCUUGUUUACCGUGAUCAAAACAAAUAUAAGGAGGCAGCUAACUUACUAAACGAAAUGCUUCGUUUAGAUGCUUCGUUUAUGUUAUAUGGGAAACGGGGUAAAUAUAAGGAUGCAGAACCACUUUGUAAGAGAGCUUUGGAAAUCCGAGAAAAUGUGCUGGGCGCCGAUCAUCCAGAUGUUGCUAAGCAAUUAAAUAAUCUUGCUUUGAUCAUUUCUUCCGAAUAUGGUAACUUAGAUUAUACCCGACUUAGCAGAUAA